ACUUUGAUUGUAACUUCGCGCGAAUCCGGUUACCUUCUGUAACCAAGCUUGUACCCUGGCACGAUCUCGGUAUCCUUUCGAUGCCACGAGAUCGCCAGCUAAUAAACCUCGACUUGGUCCAUUAAUUGCCUUCUGGUAUUCGGCUUCUCGGGGAUUUUAUGGAGUCAUUUGGAACGAGCUUCUUACGCCUUCUGAUUUGUCUGGCACGUGUUUCUUGGUAGCGGUGUUCAUAGUUUACCUCAACUCGACACCACGCUACAUUGGUGAGCUGUAUUUUGGAACACGCCUCAACAUCUGGUCGAAUCUUCCAAAGAAGCCAAUUCGGUGAGUCUAUGAUUUAUCUAUCCACGUCUGUCGUAUAUUUUCAUAUUAUCUUUUAAUAUUUAAUAUACACGACAUGACGGAUAACGAUGAGAAUAUUAUUAAUAUAAUAGACUCACAUGUACGUGUACCGAAUCCUUGUUACUUUUUAUCCGCGUGACGAUGAAUUCCACGCCUUAUUCGAGAAAUUUCCCCUAUUGACUAUUCUCCUCGCUGACCCGGCUGCUUGGUACGGAAUGCAUACGCAUGAGCAUAUCCGUCUACCACCCAGCGCCAAAUGGUUAAGUAAACGGUUUCACUGCCAACUUAAAAGUGCUCUACGAGCACACGAAAACGGCAACUGGCACGAAACCUUACCAUUCGUUCUUUUAGUGGUGAGAACGAGUUUAAAGGCAGAUAUCCAAUGUUCCGCCACUGAACUUGUAUACGGCACGACAUUGCGUCUGCCCGGAGAAUUCUUCACACCACGGAGCAGACCUAAUUUCGGUAAAUCAGACUACGUCCAUCGACUGUCUGCAUUUAUGCGAACGCUGUCUCCGGUGUCAACUCGAAUACAACAUCGACAGGUCGCUCUCCCUCGAGAGUUAUCUACCUGUUCACAUGUUUUUGUACGAGUAGAUUCGGUACGCAAACCUUUGCAACAACCUUACGAAGGCUCUUUUCACGUGAUCGCUCGUCACGAAAAGACCUUCAAGGUUGAUCGAUAUGGACGCGUCGAGAUCGUCAGCAUUGAUCGUCUCAAACCAGCACACGUCGAUAACAGUGCCCUAUCUGACACCCUGAGAUUCAAUGCUAGACCUAUCAAACCUAGCGGGAUCCUUAAAUCUUCUUCAGAUCCCACGCUAGAUACAUCUGAGACCUCAUUCUCACGUCCCGGUCAACAGCACGCGUCAUCUGCACCGUCUACAGACGAGACGAUAGUCUCACGUCCAGAUCAGCAGACCACGCCGCCUCUGACCUCGGAUGAGAUUGCAGGCUCAUGAAAUACGAACGAGACUACCGUCUCACGUUCCGGUCGCCGAGUAUGGUUGCCCGUACGCUUCCGCGACUAGCCGCACAGUUAACAACCGAUACGGUGUAGGACUAUUCCUAUGCUACACACAUGCUACACUCUCCUCUUUUUCCUUUUCUUUUUGUUUCCUGAGCCCACGCCUUCGACCAUCUCCGUUUGGUUCCGUCGACUUCAGUCAACUUUGGCGAAAGCUGGCCUGAUCACCCACGCUCUUGUCAACGUACUCAGUCGAUAUAUUGGUUUCGAAUUCUUGGCCUACGCUUUGUCUCGAACUUGGUCGUUAUGGUCGCUUCUGGUCUUUUGGCUCAACGUGGUUUCGUCCUUCGUCUGCAGCGUUUAUGGUCCGGACCCGUACGAACGCCCUCUUCAGAUUCUGGAUACAAACCACUCUGGUAGCAUGCCGACUCAAGCAACAAAUACAACACAUCGCUCCUGGUACCGUUCUCCGAAAACGACCUCCGUUGGCAACUCGACGAUCAACGAUCGCUUUCCUGUUCGCCAAUUCUUCCGUCCUACAAUCGCUCGUCAGCCGAUCAGUCCCACGAUUCAAACCGCUAUUAAUCGAAAGUGUGAACCCUUUCUAGCGGGGGCUCCUGUAGUGACUCACGUUUAUCACGAGAACACGACUGGUUUAAUAAAAACAAUUAUUAUUAUAACCAACUGUACCAGUGUUUAUUUUAAUGCGCUUUUGUUUGACUGUGCUAAUGACAUCUAUUUUGUGCUACCAUUCUUAUACUUACACUUUGAUUGUAACUUCGCGCGAAUCCGGUUACCUUCUGUAACCAAGCUUGUACCCUGGCACGAUCUCGGUAUCCUUUCGAUGCCACGAGAUCGCCAGCUAAUAAACCUCGACUUGGUCCA